CAUAAGUCAAUCGUGUUGCGCUUGGGAAUUCCAGAUUCUUCAGUCUAUAUGUUUUAUGCUCUUCAGUUUAUUGUUUACUGUUUUGUGGACAAAAGGCGAAAAUAAUAUUAAUGUGCACAAAUAGGAAAUGGAAUAUGUCAAAUGCCCAACAAACCCUAGCCAUACUUAAACCUCACAUAGUGAAGAACCCAUUUUCACUUAACCAAGUUAAAAACAUAAUUUUGAAAUCGAAUUUCGAAAUUGUAUGUUUGAAGAGAAAGAUAAUCAGCAUAGAAGAAGCAGAAUCAUUCUACAGUGAACACAAAGGACAAUUUUUUUAUAAUAGGUUGGUUAGCUUCAUGACCAGUGGCCCAAGUGAGUUGAUGGUAUUAGCUAGGGAGAAUGCUAUACAAGAAUGGCGGCUAUUGAUGGGACCAACAAAAGUAUUUAGAGCACAAUUUGAAAAUCCAUGUAGUUUAAGAGGGCAGUUUGGACUAUCAGAUACAAGGAAUGCCACACAUGGAUCUGAUUCGCCAGAAUCUGCAGUUAAGGAAAUACAACUAUUUUUCCCAGAAUUCAGCUAGAAAUCCAAGGCUGUCAACUCAAGAUUUCUUGAGUUUUUUUUACUGCAAUGUUAUUACACUGGAUACAGAUAACUUCAAAUUUAAUUAUUAUAAAACAGACUACUACACAACAUUAGACUACUUAUGAUAUUUAAAUAUUUUUUUUUGAGGCCAUUCUGCCUAGAUAACAGACUGUGUAAUUUAUAUAGCUAUAUAUUUUUUAGUUCAGCAACAAAAGAAAAGUGUCUGCUUCAAAUUAAAAAAAAAUUCUAACCCGCAAAUGCUUAUUCGACCAUCCUUUGUCAGUUAUUUAGGUAGCCUGGUCUUUAGCUAGGACUCGAGUUUUAUAUAUUUGUAAUCGUGUACAGCUUUAGUUCAGUUAGUAUGAUCAUUGAUUAAUGUAUUCUAUUUGAAGAUAGCCAAUCAUGUACUGUAUUUCGGCAUCAAAAAAAUUAUCCUACAUGAGGACAUAUGCUAGCCUAAUGUUUGAAAAUUUAUCACUGCUAUACCCUAUUUAACGAGUAUCCAUUACGGCAGAAUGACAGCUGAUUAUAUAGUAAUAUCUCAAAAUUCCCCAUAUCGGCCCGGGACACAUAAUUCUGACGGAUCAGUCAACGCCAGCCGAAUUUUGUUUUGGUUUUUUGUACGCUACAGAUUGAUUUUGAACUUGUUAACAGCUCUUCUAUUUAGAAAAGUUCAUUUGCAUACAAAAAACAAAACGCCACAAACAAGUUUUACUAUAAAAAAAUAGAUUUAUACCCGAUAAAUUAUUGCCAACGUUGCAGACUAAAACAAAAUGUCACUUGCUGAUCAGCUGUUUACCUUAGUAGUCGUCAAAGCGUGAUGGAUACUCGUGAAAUAAGGUAAAUGUUUCUCUUCUCCACAAUAUUAAGAAAUCUACUGAAAAGGAUAAUAUCUCAUAGAUGGCGCUGUAGCCAAAUAAAUGGCAUAUACAUUCGAAUUCAUUUACUUUUUCUGCCUUUGCCAGUCAAUGUGUAUGAGAGAGAUAGAGAGAGAAGCGUGCAACAUAGGAGCGUCCACACCUCCGUAUCCGACUUUACGUCAUGGCCUACGGGGAGCUGAUAUUUGUGCUUGUAAAAUUUUAAAGUUUAAAUUUAAAUAUUUGAUAAAAAACAGAACGUUAAUCACUCCCUAGUAAGCCACGCUCCCAUUUUCUGCUUCUCGUUACUGAAUUGAAUAUUAUACCAUUGUAUUUUCAUAUAUGUAGAUUAUAAAAAUAAUAGCGUUCAUAACUUAGGAUGCCGAUCUAUAUCAUCGAUGCCUAUUUUGGGGAAGUCCAAAAUUUGUUAAAUAAAUAAAC